GGAGCUAUGGCUUGGGGAGACCGACGGGAAGGUAGGGGAAGCUCACGGGCUACCAAGAUUGGGAGAACUAAGAGGAAUUAGAGUAAACCCAACAUAAAUCAAGGCUUAAGAGAUGAUUUCAUGGUUGUUCCCUUACCAGAAAACCGAAGCACUCUCACCGGCAAGAGCAACUCGCGGACGACAAAGGGAGGAAGACGCAGAGCAGAUCUGGAAUUUAUGGGUUAAAGGAGAGAGUUCUAGGCUUGAGACUUGGUUCUUGAGCAAGAAAGGAGGGAAAAUUCCAAGAGGCCUUCACCGUUUCUCAAGAGGAGGGAAAUCGAUGGCUGGGAGGGAGGCUUUCGGGAGAAGAAGAGCAGAAUUGCACGGCUAAGGAAGAAAGAGAAGGAAAAAGAAAUAAGCCAUCCUUAU